CUUUCUUUUUUGUUUAUCAAAUUUGAAUGUCUUUUGCUGUGUAGAAAAACUUCAGUUGAAAAGCACCGUUGUUAUCUUUCUGUCAUGUCUAAAAUAGUGACCGAUGAUAUUGAACGAACAGGAGAGUAUUGUCAAUUUAUUGAAAAAUUAAAUGAAUUCCACCGAAGCAAAGGCACAACGCUAUUAUCUGAACCUGUUUUAGGAGGGAAAAAAAUAGAUCUUCAUAAACUGUAUAAUGUUGUUAUAGCAGCAGGCGGUUUUAACGAGGUCACAAAAAAACGCAGUUGGAAGCAGAUUGGUAAUGGUUUUGAUUUUCCAGCCACUUGCACGAAUUCGGCCUAUAUUCUGAAAGGUGUUUACAUUCGAAAUCUGUAGCUUGGUUGGGAAGAAGAGAAUGUAUGGCAUAAAGAAUGGAUACCGCCGGAAGAAUUGAAAGGCCCUGAAGCACAUAAAGCAUCUACUUUAGCUGGUAAAAG